AUGAUCCAGUGAUGGAUUUAAGAGAGUGGGGGCUACGGGAGUUGCAAACUUCUUUGGUUGUACAAUUUAAACAAAUUAGUCAUUUUUUUUUUUUUGCCACUUUGGCCUCUUCAUCCUCCCUUGGGAGGAAAAUGUACAAAUUUGGGUAGUAAACACCCCAACCCCAUUGCAUAUUUUCUGGAUCCGCCAUUGUUCAGACCCUCGCAUGAAUGUUUAUUAAAGUAUGCAUCUAAUCUACAUAUGUUUUGGUUUUUUUUUUAUACCAAAGUAAGUUUCUAAUACUUCAUCCGAUUCGAAAAACUCUCGUGACUAAAGAUGUAAUACCAAUUUAAAUAUGCAGAAAAUCGUUUUUUAAGGCUUCCAUUGUUUUUAUAUCCCAUUAUCAUCAUUAUCCAUUUUAAAAAUACAUUUUAAUUUGUGACAUAGUAACUAGCAUGCCUCAGUUCCUAUCAUGAGUUUUAAUUGUGUUCUUGUAUACUUACCCACAUUUUGACCUUUCUUAUCACUCAAACUAUUUCUACACUUUGAUAUACCAAGUUGGAAUCUUAUAUAUCAUCCAUUAAAACAGAGAUGUUCACAUACACCAGGAUUAUCAUUUGUUUCUACAUAUGCGCAGUAUAUCAUGCUGAAGCUCAGCCAAUGGCAUGCACUGACACAGAGGAAAAUUGCGACCAUUUAAUCCUCACCACGGACAUUUGUAACCUUCGUCCGUCCUCUGCUCUGUUUCUUUGUGCCAAGACAUGUAACAUGUGCAACAUCGAUCCUGCUAACGUGACAAAUCCGACCAAUCCCAUUCCUACCCAUACUGCAAUAGCAUCAUCUACCAUCCAAUCAUCUGUCAGUUUGCCUCUUGUCCAAUCGUCUUUCAUCACGAUUGUCCAAUCCAGUAAAUCGACUCCUACAUCCAUUGGAAUUUCAACCCAACAGCCAAGUGCAACUGUUUCUUCAACCUCAGGGUCAACAAUAAUAAGUUGCGACAAACACAAGACAGCCACCAUCACAGUACCUGAUACAGACCACAAUACCUGCUAUUACUUCUACGACCUCAACAGGCGGUACAAGGAUGCCAAACACAUCUGUGAAGCAGAGUCUACUCAUGUGGUUCAUUUGGAAACAGACGAGGAGGAACUUAGAUUGACCAGACUGAUGACAGGUUACUCCCCCCAAUUCUGGCUGGGAAUGGAAGUGGUCGGUGGAGAUUGGCACUGGGUGGGGAAUGGUUUGAGCUCACCAGUUAUGGACGACCUCUGGGAGGGACAACACAGCCCCACUGGUCAUGAAAAAUAUGCCUAUAACACUCCUCCUGACCACUGGAAAACCGGGGACAGCAACAUGGAGUACCGUGUGCUGUGUGAAGAAAACUUCUGAAUGAUAAAUGCAAGGGGUUCCAUGUGUUAACUUGUGUGAUGCUUAUUACCAAUAAAAAUUUAAUUUGGAA